CUUUGAGUAACACCAAAUAACAGCUUUAAUCAAAAUUGUUUCUGCGAAGGAGUUCGUAUAGAUAAAAGAAAAUACCUCACCUUCGUCAAAUCAGGCACAUUUUCAUAUUGAAAGGCGGAAGAAAAUUAUUGUGAAUAGUUUAGGAAACUGUCAUCUGAUAUUCUCUGACAAACAUGAAUAUAAAGAGCAUUUUCAUACUGUGCACAGUUUCGCAAUGGAUUGCAAUGCUCAUAACCGUUCUUAUCUUCAUUUUUGUACCCAACGGAGGAGUGAUUUGCAAAUAUAGAUGGGCUUAUCUGGGUUUAACUGUGGUGUUAGCCUGUCUCUAUGUUACUUGGGUUGUCAUUUUAAGAAUGAAAACCCCAUUGGUGGUGAACAUUGUGUUUGCAGUAAUAACGGUAAGGUGUUCUCGUUUCAUAGAUUUCUACUUUCUUAUCUAUUUGAAUGAAGAUUUGACGUUACAGUCAGUGUCGUUUAGAACACUUACCAAGAGGCUACAAAUCAAGAUGAUGCAAUCCUUGCAAUUUGACUUUGAAUUAUAACACUUUGCGUCUGAAGAAGACAGGUCAUCUGUCGAAAAGGUGAAAGAUUGUCCAAGAAUGU